GGCGGCCGCGCGGCGCGUUCCCGGCAGGACGGCGGGGGACUCCUGAGGUGGCCUGGGUCUGCGGCCGGCCUAGGCGGGGUCGUCUGAGGUCAAGGUGGUGCCGCUCCCCCACCUCCGGGCUUUGGGGAGGUUCGUCAGGGCGAGAAGAUGGGGAGUUCGGAGCCAGCCCGCUCUAUAAGCCCUGUCUCAAGAGGAAAGAUGAGGGGGCCUGAUGUGUUUCGGAAACUGGCUUUCUUUGCAAACAACCACACUUAGAUUAAACCAUUAAAUCUAAAGCAAGGGCCGCGAGGUAGCUCAGUGGGUAAAAGCACUGACCACCACGCCUGACGACCUGAGCUCGACCCCUGAGACUAGCAGGAUGAGGGAGGCCGCACUUCCGCUGACUUCUACAAACCUGCUGUCGCAAACACCAAACAGACAGUAUGUGUGUGUGUUAUCCUCCAGCCCUAAAUCAGCCCAAGAUCAACCCCAGAACACACUGGGCUGGAACUCCUGGUGAUUCAUUUGCCUCCAACCAUCAGUGCUAGGAUUAAAGCUCGCUCCACCACACCCAGUUCGUUCCCCGAUUUGGUGAUCCCAGCACCUGAGAAGUAUGGCAACAGGACCAGAAAUUCAGAUCCAUUCUUAGCUUGAACACAGAAGCGUUCAAGAGCCUCACCAUGGUGACCCGCACCUACAGAGGAAGAAGCAGGCAACUCAGACUCUCAAUCAAUCAAGUCCAGGCUCCUCCAGGGCUAUGUCUUCCAGCUCUCACUUAAAAUCUGACAGAAGCAUUUCCUCUGUGCCCCGUGUGCAAAGGAUGUGUCCAAUCCAAACUCUGUGGUUUCAGAAGGCUGGCCCGUUGCUUGCUUCCGAGCUGGAGAAGAUUCCAGAAUGUCACGCCACUGGCGUGUCCAUCACUGUCUCUGCAGGUGUCAUCUCUGGAAUAUAUGGAUGUAAAAUUUCAUGUAUACGGAUGCACAGUUUCUACAGUGGAAAUCUCACAGACCCUUCCUCAAAAUAAUUGAAUGGAAACAAUUAAACUUGAAAUAAUUAAACUGGAGCACAUAGGAUAAAAGAAAAUGAAACAAAACGAAACAUCCAUUUGUGUGCAGCCCGACUUAAAGGGGCCAAGGCUGAUUUGCGUACAACCUGCUUGAAAUGCACGGAGCCAGCCUUCAGCCUGUCACUGUCAGGGAGGAGAAACUGACCGUCACACAUUAUUUUCCAGAAGGCAACUGGCUGUCUGCACAGAAAGACGGUGGUGAUGAAAUUAAUUUAAAAUUAUUAGGUCAGUAAAAGGUCAUCUUUUUAUACAUCUGGCAGGACGAAGUCAAUGGUGCGCAGCGAACGCAGCAGGAGGUAGGAUAAGAGCUGAUGGCGCAGGCUCCCGGGAGGCUUAGCGCCGACUUUCAGGGAGCACCGUUAGCCGUGCCUUUUCGUCUGAAGCUAUCUGUAUUCCUUAGCUCCUGGGUCUCCGCUCUCCUGACUCACUUACACCGCGUCCCAUCAUGUCACCCAUGUUCUUGUUCUGUAUCUGACCCUCUUGUUUCCCUCUCUGAGGACCCUUAUAACGACUUCCAGACCACUUAGACAACCUAUAAUAACCUUUUCUGUCUCGGAGCUUUAUGUUAAUCACCUCAGCCAGUUGGCUUGGUCCUUGGAAGGAGCAGGUGCUGCAGUCUGGGAGGCCCCUGUUCUGCUAUGGCUGUAAUGAGAGCAGUUACAGCUGACCGAGCAGCGCCUGUGUGGGCACAGGAGUUUUAUUGGUGGCAGAGAAGACGCAGGAUGUACCAGGGCUUUCUGUGUGGCAUCCUCACGCUUGGACUAUUUCUGGGACCCAGGAGCAGAUUUCCAACUCCCGCUUGUACAGGUAUUUUUCUGAGGAUUUUCUCUGAAGCCAGAAGUGCAAAAGAAUUCAUGACCCCUUGUGCUCCCAAGCUUCCCUUGUCAAUGACAAUGGGUCCAACUCCCUUGGCCUGUGGCUAGAAACACCCUUCUGUGCCUGUGAUAUGCAGUUUUCCAGAAUCCCCAAUGGAAUUAAACUCCGGUUUGUCUCAAGUGGGUUCUGCUUAAAAAAAUAUCUUCUCUUUUACCGGCCUUUGCCUUCUGGUCUUGUUUUCUCUCAGCUCCCCUAAUAGUAUUUUUUUGGACCAUCUCCCAGGCAAAUUGCUUGUACUAUUUCCUGGGGAGUUGUUCUAUUUCCUGGGGAGUAAAAAGUAGAGUAUUGGAGACAACUCAGUUGUUCAGGAUUACAUGGUUGGUAAGUGACAGGUCUUCUGCAAAUUAUAUCCUUCUAACCACCCCAGGUUGCUUGUCUUAGCUGACUUAUUACUUAUUGUCCCUGAGGAACAGCGUUGACUUGGGAUAUAAUUAAGUCAGAACGUACUUCUCUCUGAGUAUCUGACUUGAAAGAUGAGAGGAGUCCCAGAGGGUGAGAGGAGACUGCAGUUCAGCCAUCUGAGACCCUGACGUGAUGGGGAUAAGGAUGAUGUGACGCUCAGGUUGCAGCAGCCUGUGGGAACUCUCUAAGCAUCUCAAGGUACCGCACAUAGACUCAUCCGUCAAUGGGAGUGGUGUGUGUGUGUCCUGAAGACACAUGCCAGCAUGACUAAAGGAUCACUGUCGUAUGGACUUCAAAUUCAGCACCAGGACAAGAUGAUAACCUCAAGGCUCAGAGAGAUUCAAUAGUUACAGUCACAAGACAGCCAAAGUCACAGUCAGUAAGAGAGCCAAAGUUCAGGCUGAAAGCCUCAACUCCAUUCCAAGGCACUUGCUUGCUUCCCUCGUCAACACAGACAACUGGGGGUGGCUCCGCGCCAUGGAUUAGAUAUGUUGUAUUUUUGUUUCUGUGACAAAAGCUUUGACAAGAACCUAAUGAAGGGAGGAAAGAUUUAUUUUGACUGACAGUUCCCAAGAAUAUAGUCCUGCACAGUCAGGAAAGCAUGACAGCAGGGACAGGACGCAGCUACAGCCAGGAAGCGGAGGGAUGGACGCUAGCUCCAUUUCUCUAUGUUCGUCUAUGACUCCAGCCCAUGGAAUGGCAUAGUUAGGGUGGGUCUUCUCACCUCAGCCAGGAUAGACACUCCCUCACCGACACGCUGAGAGGCUUGUCUUCUUGGUGAUUCUACACCCUGUCAAGUAGACAAUCAGUUACUGACCAGCAGAAUCUCCAACAGGCUAGCUACUCACUGUGGCCUCACAACCUUGGGUGCCAGGAAAUGAACUGUAGUUUCUGCCACUGUGGAAUGUUUUCAGCCUGUUUACCACCUGACUUUUCAUUCUUACAGUCCAACCUUCUGUCAUUUGAAAAUGGUUUUGUUUGUUUUUGUUUUUCAAGACAGGGUUUCUCUGUGUAGCCUUGGGUGUCCUGGACUCACUUUUGUAGAUCAGGCUGGCCUCGAACUCACAGAGAUCCACCUGCCUCUGCCUCCCAAACGGCUGGGAUUACAGGCAUGAGCCAAUGUGCCAGGUUUAUCUGUAAACAUUUAAGUGCUGAUGACUAAGUGACUUAGGUACUGAGAACAAACUGUGUCUAGUUGGGAACUUCAUAGUCUCUUUGAUACGAGUUUAAGUGUCCACUUAUUAACUGAUUAUAUUGUUACAAUAUCGUAUGAUUGAAACAGCAAAAAUAUGCUUUCAGAUUCAUUAUUACUUAACCCUUGAACUUUUGUAAUGUGUUUCCUCUUUCUUAAGGUAAAUUUCCAAAAUGAGAGUAAUCAGGUAGGUCAAGGCUCAGUAUGACACAGAGAUAAGAUUAUUUCAAAGGACCUUACCCUGUUUUUAAGGAGCUAUUUUGGUCUUUCAACUAAAUGCUUUUUUUUUUUCCCUGCUGAAAGACAGUUGGCUUAGCUGAUGCAGAAAGUUAGCUGUAAAAUACAAAUACAGAAGCUGGAGAGACGACUUGGUGGUCAAGAGCAUGCACCGCUCCUUCAGAGAAUCGAAGGCCAUGUCCCAGCACCCACAUUAGGCAGCUCACAACCGCCUGUGACUGCAGUUCUAGAGCAUCUGACGCUGACUUCUGGUCUUCUCGAGCACCACAGUCAAGUGCACAAGCCCAUCCUCACAUACACAGAUGCACAUAAUAAUUAAAAACAGUUAUAGUAUCUUAAAAACAUACACGUAUAAAAUUAUGAUGUAACACAACUUAUGUAGCCUUUAUAUAAUCAGCAGUAAAAGAACAAAAACUCGGGGCUGGAGAGGUGGCUCCGUGUUUAAGAGCAGCAGCUGCUCUUGCAGAAGACGUGAGUUUGAUUCCCGGAGCCCAUGUGGUAUCUCACAACUCUCUGUAACUCUGUGAUGUGGCUCAGGCUGGCCUGGAACUCAGUCCUGCUUUAGCCUUAUGAAUGUGGGAAUGCAGGCACACACCACCACUUCACUGACAUGCUCUGCUUUGUUGAUUUGCGUUUGUUGUUGCUUUCCCUUUAAUGUUUGAAGAUUAAAUAUUCCAGAAUCGAGUCCUUUUCCCACUUCAGCCUUCUGAGAGCUGGGACAUGCACACUAUACCCAACUUAAGACUCUGCUUUGAUGGCUACUUCAACCAGUUUUUACUUCUUGUGCCCAGAACGUGCAAGAAGGGAUGGUCCAAAGCAGGCUAGGCUAAACAAAGACUUCAGAACUUUGCUCCAGGACAUGCCAUAGGAAAAGCAACACGCAUCAUGGAAAAAUGACAUCAAAGCACGUAAGAGGCAAUAUACAUUAUUUUUCAAACAAAGGUGAUAAUGGUAAAAGGCUCCAAGUUUUGCUUCACUGAUAACAGGUAAUAAAGUCAUAUCUGAGUGCAAUUGUUGAGUCAGGUGUGGGUGGAAAAUGAGGGCCACGUAGGGAGGGACUCACCCAUUCCUGACCACAGCAACACAUCAACCCGAGUCACUGAACUGGGAUCUGGAGAGAAGUAUGCAAAACAAAGAUCUGAUCUUCACCUUGAAAGAGCUAUUGUUUUUCUGGGAAAAUAAUUUAAAGGGAUAAGUAGAAGACAGGGAGGUUUCCUGGGAGCAGCAGUCAACUCCUAUGUGACAAGUCAGAGGAGGUUCCUGGAGGAAGAACUCCUGAAAGCGGAGAUCUAACAUAUCAUAAAGAUCAGAAGGUAGAAAAGAAUGUUCCUGAGGACUGAAGCAGUGACAGCCUUGAAUUCAGAGAACAGCCUGCUUUGCCUUUUGAGGGAUGGAUUUUAAAGACAAGCAUAACCACAGCUGGCUCAAGCACUGUUAUAAAUAUUUGUAAAAUUACUUUUUUAAACUUUAUGUGUAUAGGUGUUUUGCCUGCACCAUGUAUGUUCUUGGUGUCUUUGGAGGCCAGAAAAGGACACUAGAUCGUAUGGAACUGGGCUUACAAAAGGUUGUUAGCUGCCAAGUGGGUACUGGGAACUGAACCCAGGUCCUCAGGAAGAGCAGUCUAUGUUCUUAACUGCUAACCCAUCUCUCAACAGUAUUUUUAAAGACAUUCCUUUGUGUGGGGUCUCAUCCAAAGGUAGGCAUCUAGAGGAGGCUGUGAAUAUACAGGACUCCUGAUUCAAGCUUGCUUCUUAGCAGUUCUGCUCAACCCCAGUCAGUGGAGAAAUACAAUCUCCUCUGUUUAAACCUAGAAAGACAGCACCCUAGAACUUGGGCUUUUCCUGUUUCUCCUUCUUUCAAUCACAUCCCUCUGUAAGCAGACCCGCGCUGCUCUAGGACUCUUGUAUAGCUCUAGGCUGAGUGUGUUCUGAUUGUGUCAUUUUUGAGAGGGAAUGGAAGUGUUGGGGAUUAAAUACAGGAUCUCAUCUACCCAGGCACGAGUUUACAUUCUCUGUGGCUACAGCAUAUCCGCAGCCCCUCAAACUGUCUUUCAAUAGUUCCUUUUUGGUCUUCCUGUUUGGUCCUGAAAUUCUAACCAGAACAGAAUCCAUACAACAAUAUUAAAAUGUUUUCUUUUAUCCUGUCUGAGAUCAUUUUGUUGACCCAAAAUUGAGGAUCGUCUUGCCUCACUCAACCUCCUCCACAGGCCUGGGGUUCAGAGUGUACUUCCGAGGCCAGUUUUCGUCUUUCUUAUGUUCUUUUUAAGAAACUUUUCAUGUUAACAGUUUGCAGUUCCUUUGGUGCCGUCCGAGCUAACUUACAGCAAUUCGCUAUGGCCCAGAUGGCCCAGCAGCACAGUGCAGGCACAUGCCCUCACUUAAGAUGGCCGCACCUGCCUUGCCUUGCCCUUUCCUGGCCCCUGCAAAGACCGGUUCAACGACUUCCUUUUCAAACUCGCUUUUUCCAUAACAAAGAUGGAGCCGGCGCUUCCGGUUCCGGGCUCUGGCGGCCGUGAGGACAGAGUCUCACUAUGUAGCCCUGGCUGGCCAGGACCUCGCUGUGUAGAUCAGCUGGCUUCAGACUUGAGAGAUAGGCCUGCCUUUGCUGGGACUAAAGGUGAGAGAGUAUCUGCCACACUAGGGGACCAAAGGAGAAGAGAAGAAAACCCACGACUGAGGGGACUGGAGAGGCUGCUCUUCCGGACUCCUCAGGCUGUGCUCUGGGCCCACGGAGCCUGUCGCCUGGAGCUGUCUCACCUUCCCCACAGACCGAUGGAAUCUCAGGAAUCUACACCCGGCAGCCAGUCAGGGGAGAGCUGUUCCUUGGAUCUACCCACCGCGCGUGACAUCAGAGGUUGUGAAGCGCCCCAGAGAGCCAUCCCGGGAGCCAGCAGCCAGUGGCCACGUUCUCUGGAAAGCUGUUCCUUCCCUUGUUCUUCAACUGCUGAUUCAGAAUUCCUUACCCUUCUAAUCUGGAGAAAUGCUGAAAAUAACCAGCCCAACUGCUCUCGUUUCUGCAGUUCUCCUUUCCUCCAAUCAGGUAGCAAUUCUCUAAGUGCUGAGCAAAAAGAUUCCUGGGACUCUGAGACCUGGCAUGAUCCUUCUGUGAAAGGACAGUUGGAGACCUGCGAAGAGGACGAUGGGCUUCGGAAAUCCCUGGACAGAUUCUAUGAAGCGUUUGCCCGUCCGCUGACAGGCGCUGAGGAUCAGCUCUCUGCACCUGUGUGCCAGUGCCUGUCUCAGACCAUCUCUGAGCUCCAGGGCCAGGAGAGCAAAAAGUAUUCUCUCCGAAGUUUCCAGAUGGCCCGGGUCAUCUUCAACAGGGACGGCUGUUCUGUCUUACAGCGGCAUUCCAGAGAAACCCGCUUCUACCCUCUGGAGCGAGGAGGCAGCUCUGUGGAUGAUGAGGAGCCCAUCCCAGGACUGUCCAGGGAGAUCAUUCAUUUCCUCCUGGAGACUGCACUGAAAGACUGCUAGGUGGGACUGGUGUGAAAGCAGGCAGUGAUGGAGAGGGAGUGCCUGGCCCUCAGAGUCCCUGGGUGGGUGGGGCUUCUCCCGGCAGCUUUCUGUUUCCAGCCAUUAGCUAUAAGCUUUGCAGGUAGAGGCUGCGGCCAGACCUGGUGAGCCAGUAGGCCUAUCCGUGUGCCAUCCCACCGCUCACCUUAGUCAAGGCUGCUACUGACUUACCUAGGGUUGAGUCCCAGCCCAGCUUCUUCAGAGUGCUCUCCUGAGACACAGCCAGGGCUGGGACUUUGGCAGGAAAUCACUUCCCUGCUUGGCUUCAUCCCUCCUCCUGCUUACCCACUGGUGUCUCUGGGGCCUUUUCUUAAUAAACCUCUUCUAUCUGCAA